ACAUGGUUACUACGGCACGUCAGGCCCUCCCGCCCCGGUCAAGGCCCUGACCGACCUGAAGCUCCACUUAGCCAACCCCUCCCACCCGGCUUCCUCCUCGUCUUCGUCCGACAUGGUGGUGAUCCACCCGGGGGCCGUCCUGGCCAUCCUGGACCUGCUGCCCUCCGUCUGCUCCGACAGCCAGCCAGAGCAUGCCCUCGACCUGCAGCUGGCCGUGGCCAACAUCCUGCAGCUCCUGGUGAACAGUGAGAGGAACCAGCAGGUUUUGUGUGAAGCUUGCCUCCACCAGCGGCUGCUGCAGCGCUGCAGUCAGGCCCUCGGCGAUGAAGACCACCCGCUGCACCCGCCGCUGCAGAGGAUGUUUGAGAGGCUGGCCUCGCAGGCCCUGCAGCCGAUGGCACUCAG